CUGCCGCGGAGCGCGGGCGGACGAUGGAACUCCACAUACUGGAGCACCGGCUGCAAGUUGCCAGCGUCGCCAAGGAGAGUAUCCCGCUCUUCACCUACGGCCUGAUCAAACUUGCCUUCUUGUCCUCCAAGACCAGGUGCAAGUUCUUCAGUCUGACCGAGACCCCGGAAGAUUACACCAUCAUUGUCGAUGAGGAGGGCUUCCUGGGCCGUGACUCCUGGUCAUCACGUCCGGCUGCUUGGAUAUCCGUUGUUACCAGAGAAAAAACUGUACGUGUAUUUAAGUAAGCUGCCCUCCUCGGAACACCUGAGUGUGGCCGACGCCACCUGGCUGGCCCUCAACGUGGUGUCGGGUGGUGGCAGCUUCUCCAGCUCCCAGCCCAUCGGUGUGACCAAGAUCGCCAAGUCGGUCAUCGCCCCACUGGCCGAUCAGAACAUCUCCGUGUUCAUGCUGUCCACCUACCAGACGGACUUCAUCCUGGUGCGCGAGCGGGACCUGCCCUUCGUUACCCACACCUUGUCAUCAGAGUUCACCAUCCUGCGGGUCGUCAAUGGCGAGACAGUGGCAGCCGAGAACCUCGGCAUCACCAACGGCUUCGUGAAGCCCAAGAUGGUCCAGAGGCCCGUCAUCCACCCACUGUCCAGCCCGAGCAACAGGUUCUGUGUCACCAGCCUGGACCCUGACACACUGCCCGCUGUUGCCACACUCCUCAUGGACGUCAUGUUCUACUCCAACGGAGCGAAGGACCCCUUGGCGGCCGGCGACGACUGCGGCCACAUCCGCUUCUUCUCCUUCUCCCUCAUCGAGGGCUACGUCUCCCUGGUGAUGGACGUGCAGACCCAGCAGAGGUUUCCCAGUAACUUGUUGUUCACGAGUGCAUCUGGAGAGCUCUGGAAGAUGGUGCGGAUUGGAGGACAGCCCCUAGGAUUUGAUGAGUGCGGCAUCGUGGCCCAGAUCUCCGAGCCCUUAGCUGCUGCUGACAUCCCCGCCUACUACAUCAGUACCUUCAAGUUCGACCACGCACUGGUACCAGAAGAAAACAUCAUUGGCGUCAUCAGCGCCCUGAAAGUCAGCCAAGCAGAGAAGCAUUAGAAGGGCCUCUUCCUCUCCUCCCCGUCUGCCCCCCAGGCCUGGGCCCAGCCCCACCCUGAAGAUUCUUCUCGCAGUAUUUCUCAACAGACUGGAAAAUCGGCCCCGGGGCCCCCAAGGAAGGGGUCCCUAGGACACGCCCCUGAUGGCUGACCCCGCCAGGCCUGUGGCCCAAGCCAAGGCCUCUCCAUGCCCUACUGCCUUCCUGGAGCCCCCAGACCCUCCAGAGAACCCCCCCCCCACCUCCUUCCCCCACCCCUACCCCAGAAAAUGACGUCUGAGGCCCAGGGAGCUCGUGAGCUCACCCACCUUCUCCUCCUGCCUCGCCCACGGCCGGGGGCAGGGCAGACGCCAAAGGAAGCUAGCGCCUUCUACAGGACACUGGGAGUACCGAGUCUCGGGUCAUCCUGGGGGGCUGGCUGAGUUCAUGGGGCCCCGGAAGGCCCUUGUGAGGGUAGGGGUUCUGGCCCCUGUGGUCACUGGUCUCUGCUUCCACUGGCUCCGGGCUGGUUCCUGCAGAGUAGAGGCUAGUGGACAGCCCUCUGGUUGUGCGCUGGUGAGGCUCCAAGGGAGCACGGGUGGGGCCCUGAGCUGGGGGGGGGGGACCCCAGUCCCCCAGAACCUGGCCUGCCAGCCACGGGGCCUGCGCCCCAACUCCCAGCAAGACUGCCAAAGGGGCCUGUCCAGACCCUCCCCACCACAAGCGCUCAGUCCCGGGGGGAGGGGGGUUCCCAAGAGACCCACCAGCCUGGGGCACGAGCUCCUGUCCCCUCUGCUUUCCCUGGACCCUCCUGGGGCUGGCAGAGCCUCGGGUUCCCCUAAAUGGGGGCAGCCCCAGCAUUCUGGGCCUGGGGUUUCUUAGGUCACCCCCACCUCCCCAGCAGUUAACUAGACCAGCACAGGGCUCCCCCGUUUUCCUGCCCCGCCCCCUCGCCCCACUUUUGGGGGAAAGUGGAAGGCCUCUGCCCCCAACUCACUUGCCCACCCACCCCUCGGUCCAGGGACCGUGGCGUUCAUGAGUACUUGACCUGGGAGGCAGCUUAUCUGAGCCUUAAUAGAGAAACCCGUACCUUGUUUUAGUUUCUUAUUUAAUGUAUUUGCACCCAGGCCGCAGUUGGCAGUAGUUUCAGGGGAUGGCCCGCUGAGUCUGUCGGGGCUCAGAGUGUGACAUCGCUUGGUUGGCAUCCUGUGGCUCCAGGGACAAGCUUGAGAAUCGGGAGCUGCUUCCAGGGGUCUCGGCCCCCCCUUUGGAGCAGAAAGCUGGGAGCAGAGAGGUCUGUUACGAUACAGGGGUCCCCGGGGCGUCCCCCCACGGAGCUGCCACGGCAGAGCGGUUCUGAGCAUCAGAGGGGACUCGAGGGCCGCAGGGCGGUGGACGGCCAGGUGGCAAGCCAGCCCCCUCGGAGAAUGGGGUCCCCCCCGUGCCUCCUCUCCAGCUGGGGGUGUUUUCCAAGCAAGCAGGACCUGCAGGGUCCUCCUCGGUGCCCGGGCAGCAGCUGACACGUGCUGUCCCUGAGAAGCUCGGAGGAGAAGGGACAUUCUCUCGGGCUGGUGAAGCCCCACCCACCCCCAUUCUCUGUGCCGCGUGGGACCCUCUGAGCCAUGGAAACCCACCAGGUGGGGAAGCUGUCUGUCUGGAUCCUUGCAGAUGUUCGGGGCCCAAGUACUGAUUCGGAACCCACGUGUUUUUUUUUAAGUUAAUUCAUUUUGCACAAAACACCAAAACAUGUCAAUCGUUUGCUGGUUCCAAAACGGGGGUGUCCACGUGGGCAGGGCAGCACUUCACGCCCCGAGAGUCCCCUUACUGUCCUUGGAAGGCCUUGAUUUUUCCGUGGCACGAGCUCCAGACCCCUUCCUGUCUGUCCCCCCGCUCACCGUGUCACUCCCCCGCCUCUCCUCCCUGCCGAGCAAGUGUGUCGGCCCCUUGACCCCCAGAAACGUGUGCUCCCUAGACCCCCUAGGACGUAUAUUGUACACACAUAUAAAUACCUGUGUUUUAUGUUGAUAUAGAUCUAUACUGUAAAUAGCAUAUAUACUUGAGCAAUAUAUAUGUUAAUAUAUA